UUCCAUAGUAACAAAACUCUCGACACAGUCAGACGUUUGUUUUGUCACUCCCUGCAAGUUAGCUCGAAAUCCAUACUCGGGUUUUCUCCGCACUAUUUUUUCCGGUGUCCAGAUUUGCAAACGCAGUAUAGCUGGUAAUAAAGACAACAGUAGACAUGAACACGGACACAGAUCGCCGACAAAACGACAAUGGCGUUGGCAAUGGUGAUGGUGAUGAUGAUUCAACAAAAGCUGCCCCGACUUCCCAGAUUCCUGGGCUGUCUGACGAUGCUAACAAUGGUCCUGAGGAGAGGACUAAAGGACGCCGUACUGGAGUUAAUGAGUCCGAUUCUGCUUAUACUAAACUGGCUAAACAAGGAGGACAGAGGGGUUUAUUGUGGCACGAGGAGACCAAUUUGGACACCAAACCUAAUUCUGGAUCAUCUUACAAAGCUCCAAACUGGUUCUCUGGAUCUCCAAAAGCUCAAGAGCAAGCAAGCCCAACCGAGAGCUUUCAAAACUACAUGUCAACUAAUGCUCCCUUUGGGAGUGAUAAUAAGUCAACUUGGGAAAGGGACUUUGAUGACAAAGAGAAGAUCUCUCCCAACAGCCAGAUGGAGAACUUGUCCUUAGCAUCAGGAAAGAAUGAAGACGCAGCAGGCAAUUUCAAGAAAACAUCUCAGAAAUCUCAGAAUUCGACCCCUGUCAACAUGUCUACGCUCUUGAGCUUUGGCUAUUUAGAGGACCAGAAAGGGGCACCAAAUACGCAUUCAUCAAGUUCCAAGGAGUAGAAAGGAGCAAAGGCAGUGACGCACGACUGACUCCUCAAUGUUCUACUCCACAACGUUCCUUCACCAGGUUUUGCCUGUUCACAACCGCUCAUAGAUCGAUAAAAGCAGUUAGUUUAGGUUCAAGUCAGAGUUAAGGCACUCUUGUCAUGCUACAUGUUUAUGCUUGUCCCUAGACGUAUACACAACUGCAAAACUUGAUUCUGUUAGAUUGCGCUCACAGACCCACUCUGUUCUGUGCCUGAAGUUGCUAAUGAACUGCAUUUUCACUGUAACACUAACAGCUAAUGUACUAGCCUGAGCUAUGCUCUUGUUCAUCUGUUGUAGUUUGGGGAAUGAUGGUUUACUUUUAAAAGGUGUCUAUGGCUUAGAAGGGCUCCUCUAAAAAUGCCUGCUGUUUUGAAGUGUUAUGUCUUUUUUUGUGUGUGUGUGCCUCGUUAUGGUUGCUAUAAAGAUUUGUUUUAAAGAAAAUAAAUGUGUUGUGCAUGGAAGCAUUUGGAUGUGUUCUCAUUCUCUUUGUGUGCUUAAUGAAGCUCAGUGAAGCACUCAUUACCAUUUGAAAUGGUAUCUAGACAUGUAUUAGUAGAAGUGUGACUCUUAGCUAGAUUGUUCCAGAAACCUGAGAUCUCUAUGAAUUUACUUACAUAAUUGUUCCUUCCUCUUUUCCACUGUCGUCAUUAGUGGAAAUUGUGUUCUACCGACGUAAUUGACACAGGAUACAAAGUGAAUAUUCAAUAUCAUCGGACAUAUUUCUCCCCGUAAAUGAUUAAACAAGUUGCCUAAGUUAUAAAUAAAAGGUUAUAUUUAAAUUAAAACGUUUUUAACAAAUGACUAGGAUAUGCGGAUAUAUCUAAAACAACCGGUUAAGGUAAUAUGUUUUGAUGAUACACACACAGUCAAAUAUUUGUGCACACUCAAUUGGUUUGGAACCUGAACGUCAUGAGAUGCCCGGGAUUCUGUGACAAUUACGUAACAGUCUAGCUCGUGUUUGAAAACUGGCCAACACAGCCAUUUUUGUUUGUGUAACAACAUUCAUCGUGUUUUGAGAAUGGUGGAAUGUUUUGAGAAUGGUGGAAUGUUUUGAGAAUGGUGGAAUGUUUUGAGAAUGGUGGAAUGUUUUGAGAAUGGUGGAAUGUUUUGAGAAUGGUUGAAUGUUUUGAGAAUGGUGGAAUGUUUUGAGAAUGGUUGAAUGCACCUGGCAAUCAGAACAUUGACUUGGCUUUUUAACCAUUUCACUCAAUUUCAAUUGCAUGGCCCUUGUACAGUACUUUUCACCACCGAAGUAAUGAAUAGGUUUAAAAAAUAAGAAUAAUUAUAUAUAUAUAUAUAUAUAUAUAUAUAUACUGUUUCGAGUCAUGACUUUGGAUCUGGGCCAAGUAUUUGGAAAGUUUGUCUAUCAAAGUUAGUGUUUGUUUGAGAUCACUUCAUGUUUCAGUGGGAGAGACCAGACCAAUGACUGGACCAGACAGUCACUACCCUUCUCUCCCCAACCAAUCACUCCUGAGAGAAGUCACAGGUCAAAGUUAUAUCAGCCCAAGAGGCAGAGACGGGUAAAAGAGUAUUUAGGAACUGCUACACAGCACAACAGAGAAUAUUACCCUUUGAAUUCAGAAGAACCUUUCUAGCCUGAAAGGAUACAGCGAACAACUAUGUCACCUAUUUUACUGAACGGUAUAGGGACUGUCAAUGACCAUUCUGAAUAUAUCGAACCCGAGGUCCCUUUCAAGAACCCCCAGAUCCAUGUGAAGAACCCCCAUUUGGAUACAAUGGAAGAGGACAUUCUCUAUCACUUCAACCUGGGGACCAAGACCCACAACCUACCUGAGAUGUUCGGAGACAUCAAGUUUGUGUGCGUCGGCGGCAGUGCCAAUCGGAUGAGGUCCUUUGCUCAGUUCAUUCACCAGGAGCUGGCUUUGCCCGGAAACAUGGAUGACGUCACAGACAUCUGCGAGGGAACCGACCGCUACUCCAUGUACAAAGUGGGACCCGUACUUUCUAUCAGUCAUGGUAUGGGCAUCCCUUCCAUCUCCAUCAUGCUCCAUGAGCUCAUCAAACUGCUGCAUCAUGCCCGCUGCAUCGACUUCAUCCUCUUCCGCAUUGGCACCUCCGGUGGAGUCGGUCUGGCACCAGGAACAGUAGUGGUCACAGACAAGGCGGUGGACUGCUUCUUCCGCGCCCAGUUUGAGCAGGUGGUUCUAGGUAAGGUGGUCACAAGGAGCACAGAGCUGGACGUGGGCGUCUCCAAGGAGCUGCUGCAGUGCUCCUCCGAGUUAGAGGACGUGCCCACCAUCAUCGGCAACACCAUGUGCACCAGUGACUUCUAUGAAGGUCAGGGUCGGCUGGAUGGAGCUCUCUGCUCCUUCUCCACUGAGGACAAGUUGGAGUACCUGAGGAAAGCCUUUAACACGGGAGUCAGGAAUAUUGAGAUGGAGUCUACCGUCUUCGCAGCCAUGUGUCGUGCCUGUGGCAUCAAAGCUGCAGUCGUAUGCGUGACUUUGUUGAACCGUUUUGAUGGGGACCAGAUCGCCACCCCUCAUGAUGUGCUGGUGGAGUACCAACAGAGACCUCAGGUUCUGGUGGCCCACUUCAUCAAGAAACGCCUGGGCCUCGUCAUCUAAGCUCCCUCCGAUCACCUCUGCUGCCCUUGGAGUGUAUAUAGCUACAGUCCCAACUGAUAUGUGGAUAUAUGUAUAUAGACAAGUUGAUAUGUGAUCAGAUAUUAUUUAAACGGAGUUCUAAGAGUACAUGAAAAUACAUUUUGCAGAUUUGUAAAAACGAAGCUCAAAGAGUGGGCUCUUAUGCAAUUGUGUGGUAUUUGUGUAUAUUUGUAUGGUAUUAUAUAUUGUGUGACUGAGUACUUUGACUGUGUAGAUGAAAUCGUUUAUCUGUGUUACUUCUGGAUGACAUUAAGUCCUGUGACUUAAAAUGAAUCAAAUAUUUAAACAAAGAAGCACUCUGACUGAAAUUUAAUCAAAUGACUCAUGCAGGAGUUAGGCACUGGUAUAGCUGGGAUAUAUUUAGAAAUGGAAAUACAUCUGACUUCAUUGUACCUGACAUUUUAAAAUCAUGAAUAAAUUCAUUUCAGGCCUGGCUGA